GUGGAUGGUUGAUGUAAUAACAUUAAAAUCUCUCGUAAAAGUUUAGACGGAAGAAAAUGAUAUAAUCUUUUCUUAUUUCAUUUCCAUAUGUAAAAGUUUGUAUUGUAUAUUUGUAUUGGUUUGUAUCUAUAAAGGUUUUUGUUUUACACAAAUGAUGGGUUCUCUCCUCCCUUUUCAAGAUCUUAAUCUUCUCCCUGAGAGUUCCUCCGCCGCGGCAGCCAUGGCAGCCACCACCAGCGCCACCACUACUACCCCCAUCCCUUUGAAAGUCCCUAAACUCGAACCCAAGCUUGAACCUUUCGAAGAAGCGUUACAGACCCCUAAUCCGCUUCCUUACCAACCCCAGCAACACCUUCCUCGACUACAAGAAACCCAAGAACAACCAUUCUUCUCUUCUUUACCUACGCCAACCCCAAAUCCCAUCUCUGAUUCUCAACUCACCCCUUUCACCCCUUUCACUAAUCAAACCCUUAUUCCGUUGUUGUCCCAAAGCUCGGCCGACGAGAGCAAUGUCUUCUCCGAGUUUCACCGGAUUUCGGAACUCUUCAAAACUGCUUUUUCUCAGGGGGAUCAAGACGGCGAUAGUCAGGUCUCUGACCCCGAUUCGCGAGCAAUUGUACCCUUUCCCGAAGAAAACCAGGUCGCCCCAAUUAUUGUUUCGCGGAAGAGGCUUCCUCGCUCUGCCGAGCUGGUAAGGGUCACGAAUCUAGGAAUCGAAGACGAGACUUACUUCCGCAACGUGGUGAGGCGCACGCGGAUGAUAUUUGAUUCGCUUCGGGUUCUGUCGACGGCGGAUGAGGAGAGGAAGCACGGCGUGGGGAAUGUGAAGCGGUUGCGCGGUGAUUUGAAAGCGUCUUCGAUCAUGAGGGACCGAGAGUUGUGGCUUAAUCGAGAUAAGAGGAUUGUGGGUUCGAUUCCAGGGGUCUAUGUUGGAGAUUUGUUCUUCUUUCGUAUGGAGCUUUGUGUGGUCGGGUUACAUGGUCAGGUCCAGGCUGGAAUCGAUUAUGUUCCGGCGAGUCAGAGCUCCAAUGGAGAGCCAAUUGCGACGAGUGUGAUCAUAUCCGGUGGGUACGAAGACGACGAGGACGCUGGAGAUGUGGUAAUCUAUACUGGUCAUGGUGGACAGGACAAGUUCAAUAAGCAAUGUGCUCAUCAGAAGCUUGAAGGUGGCAACCUUGCACUUGAAAGGAGCAUGCAUUAUGGGAUUGAAGUGAGGGUUAUCAGAGGAAUCAAGCACCCGGGUAGUAUUACUAGCAAGGUAUAUGUAUAUGAUGGCUUGUAUCGAAUUAUGGAUUGCUGGUUUGAUGUGGGUAAGUCUGGUUUUGGGGUUUAUAAGUAUAAGCUUGUAAGAAUUGAUGGUCAACCUGAAAUGGGUAGCGCCAUUCUUAGGUUUGCAGCAUCUCUAAGAGCUAAGCCCUUGACGAUGAGGCCAGCUGGUUACCUUAGUUUAGAUAUCUCGUUGCAGAAGGAGGGCCUCCCGGUUUUGCUUUUUAAUGAUAUUGACGCUGAUCAGGAACCAUUGUACUAUGACUAUCUUGUGAGAACUGUCUUUCCUCCAUUUGCGUUUCAUCGGUCAGGGAAUGGUACUGGGUGUGAGUGCACUGGGGGUUGCACUGAAGAUUGCUUUUGUGCUAUGAAGAAUGGAGGUGAGCUUGCUUAUGAUCACAAUGGGAUUCUCUUGAGAGGCAAGCCUUUAGUUUUCGAAUGCGGGCCAUUCUGUCGUUGUCCCCCACAAUGCCGGAAUCGGGUUACACAGAAUGGGAUAAAAUGUAGACUGGAAGUCUUUAGGUCAAGGGAAACAGGUUGGGGAGUAAGGUCGUUGGACUUGAUACAGGCUGGUGCGUUUAUAUGUGAAUAUACAGGGGUUAUUCUCACGAGGGAACAGGCCCAUAUUGUUUCAAUGAAUGGUGAUAACUUAGUUUAUCCGCAUCGGUUUUCUGAUAGAUGGGCAGAAUGGGGAGAGUUGUCUCAAAUAUAUGAUGAUUAUGUAAGGCCAUCGUAUCCGCCAGUGCCACCGUUGGAUUUUGCAAUAGAUGUAUCAAAAAUGAGGAACGUUGCCUGUUAUAUGACCCACAGUUCAACUCCUAAUGUAAUGGUGCAGUUUGUGCUUUAUGACCACAAUAACUUGAUGUUCCCUCAUCUUAUGCUGUUUGCAAUGGAAAACAUCCCUCCUCUGAGGGAGCUCAGCCUUGACUAUGGAGUGGCUGAGGAAUGGACACCGAAGCUUUCUAUCUGUAACUGAGUAAGAUUUUAGGGCAUGGUGUAUUUUUGAAUGAUGCAGUGGAGUUAUGGGGACAUGACUAAUGAGAUGGGACUCAUAUACUAUAUGAUGUACCAAGUUUUUUGACAUGGCUUUCUGGAUUUUUGGGUCUCACCCUUUUUGGAAGUUAGAUGCUUCAAACUUUGAACAGCUCUAUCCAAAGCAACCUUUUUGCGCUUUUGUCUCUCUACCUUAGUGCCUCUACUGCACAAUAGUAGAUUUUCCAGAGCAUCAAGGAAAUGAAGAAAUACUAAACUAGGAAAGGAGAAGCACUUAAGAGACCAGCCUGUCAUGAAUGCCCAACUGUGUAUGAAGCUCUAGUAUUUUUUAGCUUGUAUAUAUUAAAUCCAAAAUUGGAUAAAAACCUGUAUAGUAAUCGAUGUUUAGAUUGAAAUGUUUAAAGCAAGGAUCUCAUUUUAAUGACGUGCAUUUUUUUUCUUCAUGUGAAUUAUAGUAUAAAUUAUAAGUAAUUGAGAGGCAUGUCCUCCCCAAUUGCUUGAAAGACUAGCAGCCUUACUAAAGUUAAUGUUCAAUUAGAAUUUAGUAGGCCAAGAUGUUUGUUAGAACGGGCUAUUAAUGGUAUCCAAACUCCUUCAAAUGAACAGAUUUAUGUACAUUUAUACAGGUCCUUUGUUUUUU